AUGAUGUUGAAACUUGUGAUAGCUCUCAUUUUGCCAACUCUUGCCUAUUCAGCUGUUCAAUGUUAUGUUGGACAAAAACUUUUUUCUUAUGAAUCAACAAAUGUGAGUUAAUGAAAAUAAGAAUAGUUGCUGAUUUUCAAUAAAUUUUCAGGCAAUUUGCGCUAAAUUCAUUCCCUACACUUGCGCUGUUCAAUGUGAAUGGAGAAAACAAUGUAACGAACAUAGCUCGUUCAGUGCUUUCAGAGGGCGUAGAACUUUCGUCUCUGGCCUUCUUCUCAACGCUAAAUCCUUGAUGGUUUUAUGCUGUGCCUCAAUGGCUACCAGAGUUGAGACAGGUACCUCAUUGGUUUCAUCACGAAAUUUUUUGAAUAAUCUCUUUCAGAUAACAGUGGACGCGAAAAAUGUAUCUGGAGAGAAACUGAAUCAAUCUCAGUUUUAGGCCCAUCAAUUAGAACUAACCCAGUUCUUGCUCCAAAUCAUUAUAUUAGGUGAGAAAUUCUGAUCAUUUUCAAAAAUAAUUUACUGUUUCAGAGAUGUCAAAAUGGAAAGAGAUGGAAAUGCUCGUGUUGAUGUAACAAUCGAAGUUUGUCAAUAUCAAACCGAAAGAGAUCAUUGUAAAAUCGAUGAGAUGAAUGAAUUCGAAAAGAAACGAUUCAAUGUCAUCAAGGGAAAACUUGACAAAGCUAACAGUAAUGCUAAGCCAAAUCCAAGUAAUGAAAUUGAUAUCAAGCCAGAUGAUGACUUUUCGAAAAACAAAUUGAGAAACUAA